GUUACUACAACUUCAAGUUCAGUGAACAUUCAAAUAAGCGCAGAGUCUAUCACUCACAACGUUACCAUGGGCAAGCUUCUCUAUCCCCCCUCCAAAGAAGGCGCCCAGCUCAGCGACUACGCCCUCGCCCUCAAAAUUGCACGACAUUCCCCAUGUACCGCAUGCAGCUCGUGCUCAAACCUCAGACCACCACCAGACGUCGAGGUCAUGCUCGACCAAGACGCCCAGAACAAGUCGUCCUUGGGUGACUUGACCCAGUACGGCUCAGACGACGACGACGCGCCCUACGCUUAUAUCGAGACCUGUGAUUGCGGACACGAUGUCACCGAUCACGGUGCAGACGAAUCCGUCAUUGGAAGAGACGAGUUCUCUCGCAGAGCACGCGUUGCCGUUCGUCUCGACGAGCUCCUUCAGGAUGUAGACAAACUAUUGGACUUUGAUUAUACCGACGAUGAUAUUGUCUCACUGCGCCAGCAAAUGAAGCUUCCUAUUUCUCUCGUUAGCACCUCAUCUCCGUCUAUCCAGCAUUCCUCCC